CGUCAUGGCUUGGGUCUGCCUGACGUUUUGUCAGUGAGCGCGAGUGGUAGCAUUGUGGCGGAGAAGCCUUGUGAUCCUAGCAGCUCAAAGUUAAUAUGGCGAGCGAAGAGAAUGGUUCGGGCACGGUCCCUCAAACGGAUUCAACGCAGAACGACAGUAAUAAGCAAGAAGCCACGGAACCGUUGAUGGCUGCAGGUCCAGGGGGCGAGCAGCAACCGGUCACCAAACCGGCGGUGCACAAACAGAACUACGAAAAGGAUGUAAUUUAUCUCUACCAGUUCUCCCGCACCCCUGUGCUACCUUCAAUGUCGCCCUACUGCCUCAAGGUGGAGACCUGGUUGAGGUUGGCUGGGCUCAAAUACGAGAAUGUGGACCACAAGAUGAAGUUUCGGUCAAAAAAGGGCCAACUUCCUUUCGUCGAACUGAAUGGCGAGGAGAUUGCAGAUAGCGCCAUCAUCCUUAAAGAAUUAGCUCAGCGAUUCGAGAAGGAUCUGGAUGCAGGCCUCAGCAAUGACCAGAAGAACGUCUCGCACGCUAUGAUUUCCAUGAUCGAGAACCAUUUGGUCUGGGUGGUGGCAUGGUGGCGGACCAAGUUUCCAGACAACGCCAUCAAGGGCUACAAAAUGAAUUUGCAGCACGCACUGGGCACCAGGAUCCCCAACGGAAUACUCAAUUUCUUCUUCAAGUUAACAUUCGCCCGCAAGGGAGCGAAGAAAGUGAAGGCACAAGGCAUGGGUGUCCACAAGCCAGAGGAAAUCAUAGAAUUUGGCCAGAACGACUUGAAGGUCCUGUCUGACAUGCUGGCUGACAAGCCGUUCUUCUUCGGUGACGAGCCCACUACAUUGGACGUCGUGGCAUUUGCAAGCCUCGCGCAGAUUUACUUCAUAGACAAGGAGGUGCAGUAUACGCUACGGGACUACAUGCAGGACAGCUGUCCGAAUCUGGUGGGGCAUGUCAACAGGAUGAAGGAGAGGUGUUUCCCUGACUGGGAGGACAUCUGCAAGACACUGGACCUCAAUUCUCAUCUGCCAAAACCACCAUCAGAGGAGAAAGAGAAUAAGGAGGACAAAAAGGAGAAAGAUGAGAAAGAAGGUGACAAGGAAAUUGAAAAGGAGAUAGAAAAGUCUGAAAAGGAGGAGAAGGAGUUGGAGAAGGAUGUGGAAGAGAACAAACAGAAAGAGGAGAAGGAGACGAAGUGAAGCGGUCUGCCCCCUGCUGUGGUGGUGUUCAUUCUGGUGCAAAACAAUGAAGAGAAAAAUUAUAAAUACAUUUUAUAUAAGCAUUUUUGAAAUACUGAAAUUUUGAGGGUUAUUUGUGUAGCUUUUUGUAAAAGAGACCAAAAAAGUUAAUGAAUUUUCUAUGUCUACAUGUCUGGAUUAGAACAGUUCGAUGGUCGUUUCCCCCAUUUGAACUUUUUGCGAGGUGCCCAUCAUUCCACUCCGCCUUCUCGAUGUGACGCGACGCGGGCGACGCCAAGUCGCCCGCGUUGUAUCCACCCAAUCUGUACCCGUGUUAGCUUGAUCUGUGUGUUACAUCUGUAUGAAUUGUUCACUAGGUGUAAGGAAGCCAUUUAUUUUGAGAGACGCGCGGGAGCGAGCGGGUCUUCUCCGGGACCAGCGCGCAAACCGCCGGCUGGAUGAGCCAUGUUCCUGCCAGUGGUGACACCUGGAACAUGGUUCCCACAGUCCCACCCCUCAGUUAUUCAAGGCAGCUCAGAAUUUUAAGAAGAGAAAUCAUAUAUAGAGAGACGAGAAUGUUGCCGUCUUCUGUCGUCAGUGUGUUUCCCCUACAAACCGCUCGGCUUGUUUUUAUUAAUAGUGUAGGCAUAGUUGUAUACUUACUGAGAUUUUAUUAAGAGAAGAAAGUAAUAGGAAAAUGUCACUUGAAUUGUGAUUUAAAAAAAAUAUGGCAUGACAUAGUAUGAGAGAAGUUAUUAUAAUAAAAUGUAUGAUAUAUAUGUUUUAUUGGGACUGUUGCCACCACUGAUGUCGGAAAUGCAUAUCAAGGACUGUCCGACCACAAUACUCAUGGCACUCCCAUAUUAAUUACUAUAUAUUAGCUUCAUUUUUGCUUUGUAAGUUGUAAUUAAGAGAAAUACCCAAUAAAGGUACAAUAUCUUGAUUUAA